AUGUCUGAUGUUUCAAAUGUUAUUCUUGGUACAAUAGUAGAACAAUUAAUUAUAAUGGAUCAUCAUGGUAAUACAAUAGAAAUGACUUCAUUAUCAACACAAUCAAUUAAACAAUUAAUUAAUUCCUGUAAUAAAUUUUAUCGUAAAGCACCAGAUAAUAAUAUUAAAAUUGAUCGGUCAUCACCUGGAGAAAUACUUGCUGUUUGUGGACAUAAACGUUUGAAUGAUAUUAAUUAUACAGAUCAAAUUAUAUUUUAUACUCGUCGAGGAGAAUUUUUAUAUCGUGUUUAUAUUCCACAAACCGUUUGUUGA